UGUUGGGAUAGGCCACAUCGUCUCUCCAGCCGCCGCGACACGAAAAUCUGUUUGACAAGGCAGCAUUUUUCAGUCGUAGAAUUUUCGAUUAUUGUUCCUGAUUUACUACAAAUGAACGAGGGAGAUAGAUAGAGGGGACACAAGCUAUACUGCAAUCAUGUCUUUGUCGGCAGUUUUCUUUUUGGACCUGAAGGGAAAGGUUCUGAUUUCCCGUAACUACCGCGGGGAUGUGGACAUGUCAUCGGUGGAUAAGUUUAUGGCGCUGUUACUAGAUAGAGAAGAAGAGGGCCAAGUGUCUCCCAUCCUCACCCAUGGAUCAGUCACUUUCAUGUUCAUCAAAUGCAAUAACCUCUACUUGGUCGCUUGUUCAAAGAAGAACGCCAAUGUUGCUCUAGUCUUCACCAUUUUACAUAAAAUUGUUGAGGUUUUUGUGGAGUACUUCAAAGAGCUUGAAGAAGAAAGUAUCCGAGACAACUUUGUCUUGAUUUAUGAACUUCUAGAUGAACUGGUUGACUUUGGCUAUCCACAGACCACAGACAGCAAAAUAUUACAAGAAUAUAUCACCCAGGUAGGACAGAAACUGGAGCUGGCCCCAAAGCCGCCUCCAGCCAUCACCAACGCCGUCUCUUGGAGAAGUGAGGGUGUUCGUUAUCGUAAGAAUGAAGUGUUCCUUGAUGUCAUUGAGUCUGUCAAUCUCCUGGUAAACUCUAAUGGUAACGUUCUACGGAGUGAGAUUGUCGGUGCUGUAAAGAUGCGAGUAUUCCUUAGUGGCAUGCCUGAGCUGAGACUCGGACUCAACGAUAAAGUACUUUUUGAGAACACAGGAAGGGGCGGCAAAAGUAAAUCCGUGGAACUUGAAGAUGUUAAAUUCCACCAGUGCGUCCGGCUUUCUCGCUUUGAGAACGACCGAACAAUCUCCUUCAUUCCUCCAGAUGGCGAGUUUGAACUCAUGUCCUACAGGCUCAACACACAUGUUAAACCCUUAAUAUGGAUCGAGUCAGUGAUAGAGCGCCACACCCACUCCCGUGUGGAAUACAUGAUUAAAGCGAAGAGUCAAUUCAAACGUCGUUCCACGGCAAACAAUGUAGAUAUUAUCAUCCCGGUUCCAAAUGAUGCAGACUCGCCCAAAUUCAAGACGACCGUCGGUUAUGCUAAGUACCUUCCAGAAAAGAGUGCUGUGGUGUGGCACAUCAAGUCAUUCCCAGGUGGCAAAGAGUACCUCAUGAGGGCUCACUUCAACCUGCCCAGCGUAGAGGCUGAAGAAGCAGAAGGCAGGCCUCCUAUAAGCGUCAAAUUUGAAAUUCCUUACUUCACUACGUCAGGCAUCCAGGUGCGGUACUUAAAGAUUAUUGAAAAGAGUGGAUACCAGGCUUUGCCAUGGGUACGAUACAUCACACAGAAUGGGGACUACCAGGUCAGGGUAUAGGGAAACCAGGGAACUUUGUAACUACAAAACUUAUCUGAUAACCAAUGAAAUUCUGUCAUAACUGCGAUGCUAUUCCGCUACAGUGAAUGCACAGGCAAAGUUAAUCAGACCUUAGCAUUUAUCCUAGGAACGUCCCCCCCCCCCUGAAUUUGUAAUGUGAUGUAAUGUUGACUCAAAUCACAAGUGAUUCUCAAGUAGAAUCAAGUCAUUUAGAAUCUGAGUCUUGAGUCGUUUGGAUCAAGUCCGUGUCCAAAUCAUAAGUCACUUGCUUUGAGUCUUACAAGUCCCUUGCUUCGGGUCUGAAUCGGGAGUCACUUGUUUGAGUCCAAAUCACGAGUCCUUUGCUUCGAGUCUGAAUCGCGAGUCACUUGCUUUGAGUCCAAAUCACAAGUCCCUGCUUUGAGUCUGAAUCGUGAGUCACUUGCUUCAAGUCCAAAUCAUGCGUCGCUUGUUUUGGGGCCCAAAUUUUAUUUCUUAGGGACAAACUUAAGAAUGUGGUGGUUUAAUACAAAAUUAUUAUGAGAAAUUGCUUAGCAUCACAAGACCGGAUGGUCACUUCAAGGGUAGGUCUACACAUAACUGAUUUGGGCUAUCGACCCACAUCAACUGUCACCAGGGGCAAGUUGCCACCUGCUACUCGGGUUGAAACAGGGUUACCCCCUUCACAGUAAGGAUGUAAGCGUGUGUAUCAUCCACUAAGAGCUUGGCUUGUAGAGCAGAAUGCACUACUUUUCCAACUUUUGAUCAAGCAAUUGUGGUUAUGACUGUGAUUGAAACCCACAUUCUGCUGCUGACAACACCAGAGCUUUGGUCCGGUGAACUAGACCUGCCGCAGUAUUGGCAGAUUUCAGUGGUUUACAGAUUUACUCUAGCUUGUACUAGUCACAGAUUGUAAAGAUAUUUGUAUGUGUCAUAAUCAAUAUUUUCAUGUAUAUAGGAAAACUCAGUAGGCAAUUACAUCAAUUGGUUU